AUGCUACUUGAAAUCUCCUGUGCGUCCGACUUUCUGUGCCGGUUCCUCACUGCGUCGUCGUCGUGCACCCCCCAGAUAAUCGACGACUUCAAGAAGGAGACCGUUGCACUGAUGCAAGAGAAGUACACCGACCAUUGGGACCCACAGCGACCACACUACGGCAAUGGAUACAGGGCCAUCACCUCCUUCGGCGGCAAAGUGGACCCUCUCUUGUGCAAGGCUGCACAAAAGAGCUCGUUACCGAUGGAAACCCUGCAGGGUCUGAUUCCUAGGGAUUUGGUCCUUUGGGUCGAGCCCUUCACAGUCUCGUUUCGUGUCGGCGAUCACGGCUCGAUCAACACUAUCUACGAUGGCUCCCGUGGCAAGGUCUCGAUGAAGGCGGAUAACUCGCCGUUCCAACUGAAGGUCAUGGGGCGUCCUUCCUAUGCUGCUCGCAUCUCCCCUCCCCCCUCGCCUCCCAAC